AUGGAAGGCACUCACUCCACCCUUCAAUUGCACAAACCCAUUACCGAACUCUGCUACAUCAGCUUCUAUCUUCCAAAGGGGAAAGUCAGAGGAUUUUCAUAUAAGGGCACUGUAACUCUAGACAAAUCCAAUAAAGGGUUUCAUAACUGCUAUCAAGUCAGGGAGGGGUCAGAUACCAUCAGCCUCAUGCAGCAGCCAUAUGAGAAUCCGGGGGACAUUUUUUUCAAGCAAACCACUACAAAAGACAUCCUCAUUGAGCUCUACAAGCUCACUGCGGAGAAGGAGCGGCUACUGGCCAAUCUGCUGAGCUCACACCAUAUCCUGGGGAUUAAGAUGGGGAACCAGGAGGGGAAGCUUCCUGAGCUGUCUGGGGGGCUGGAAUUUGAGGAUGACUAUUUCCAGAGUUCUGGGGGCUUGCAGGGGGAGCCACUGGCAGGCUCUUUGGACAAGAGGACAACUCUGAAGAACAAAAAAAACAAGAGGUUUGGCAAACGAAGGGAAAGCUUUGAGGAACUCCUGCAGAAGAAACUGAGAAGGAAAGAGCAAGGGGGCCAAGAAUCAACUUCUGGGUCAGGGAGGGACAGGUUUUCUUCAGGCAGCUGCCCUUCUCACUCCUGGGCAAGGCCUAAUCGGCAUCUGGAGGACAGGGGCAACUUGCCCCUGAAUAGGAAUUUUUCAUCCCCACAACAGAGGAGAGAAAGCUAUUCUCCAGAAAUCCCCAGGACACUAGAGUUAGAGCCAGACCUUCAGGCCUCUGUGUCUGGCUAUGAGAAUGCUACCUUGGGAGGGGAGGUGCUGCCUGCGAGCUGUAGCUCCGUGGGGGAUUCCCCAAAGUCUGUCGCUGUUCGUGGUGCUCAGAUGCCACAGGGCAGGGCAGACAAUCAGCAAGCUGGUUUAUCGGAGAGAGGGGAGACCCCUGAGAAGGGCCUCGAAGCAGAGAGGUUGGGGGAGAAAUCGACCAAGAAGACUCGAAGGAAGAGACCGGUCACCAGAGUGAUGACCAAAGUCCAGGAUCUGUCUGCUCAGGUGCAGAGAGUUGUUAAAACCCUCCCUGAUUCUGAGGAAAGGAGCACUCCUCUCCAUGGCCAGGACGUAGGGGAGGGGACUCUCCUUCCCUCUGCCAUCCAGUCCAAGUGUUUUCCCAAAGCAGAUCUGCUCACCCUCCCUGGAGAGGAGGUCCCAGCUCAGCUGGCCAAGAGGAAGGGGAAGAGGCCACAAGGGGACAGGGCCCGGCCACUGGCCAGAGAACAAGCCCUACUUGCCAAUGAAUCUUCCAGCCAGGUGGGAGCCGUGAACAAAGCCCUCCUGAAGGUUAUGCAGAGUGAGAGUUUAGAUGAAGGCAAUGAGUGGAAACGAUUGGGUUUUCCCAACACCAGAAAAACUGUUUAUCCCCUCCCAGAGGCCAGGAUUGGGAAGAAAGCGGGGCUGCCCCUAAGUAGCCACCAAGCCUUGAAUUCGAGUGGGUCCCCCAAAGUGGACCCUGGCUCUCCCUGGCCCAGGGCAAAAGAGAAGAGGCCUUCCCCACCAUCGCCGGCACCUGUCACCACUCUGUUUAAUAAUUCAUCCCCACCAUCCAACACGCCUAGACAAAUGUCAUCUGUUCCAUCUCUUUUAUCUUCAAGGCUUCCCAGCCCUCAGCUGCAUCACCGUAUCCUCCGGCUUCCUCCCCAGCCAAGUGAGAGGGAAGCUGCACUCUGUGACAGCCCCAGCAGGAAGCCAGGCACCUCCUCUGGGCUCCCCUUGGCUGACCCUUCCGUGCUGCAGCCUUCUACCAGGGUUACAGAGACUGAAGGAGCCGGGCUGGCCUCCCUCCGAGCAGGCCUGCCUUGCUUCGUGCCCGGGGAGCGUUUGGAAAAGGCUCCAGGGCAAGGGAAGGCUGCUGCUUUGCCCCAGAACCAGCUGGCUCCAGGUAUCUCCCUAGAGGGCUUCAUCAAGGAUGGCUUCACUGAACAGUCAACAUAUAAGGAGAGCUCCAGUAGGGACAGAGAUGUAUGGGUCUUGGGCUACAGAUCAGGACCAUCCUAUCCCUUCCUGGUCCAUGAGGAGAAAGAGAAGCCCAGCAGGAGUGAGUUACAUUUGGACCUUCAUGCUGACCAGAGUCCCACUGAGCAGGAUGAUAGAACUCCUGGACGACUCCAGGCUGUGUGGCCACCUCCAAAGACAAAAGAUGAAGAAGAAAAAGUGGGAUUGAAGUACACAGAAGCAGAGUACCAAGCUGCAAUUUUACACUUGAAGAGGGAACACAAAGAAGAAAUUGAAAACCUUCAGGCCCAGUUUGAACUGAGGGUCUUCCACAUUAGGGGAGAACACGCUGUAAUAACGGCAAGACUAGAAGAAACCAUUGAGAAUCUCAAGUGUGAGUUAGAACACCGGUUGAGCGGAGGAUGUGAAAAGACAAGAGAUGCUUGCAUCUCUACAGAAGAUGAUUAUCCACCAAAGACCUUCCGAAAUGUCUACAUACAAACUGACAGAGAGACGUUUUUAAAACCCAGUGAAGAUGAAAGCAAAACCAUUAAAAGUAACCAAAUAGUACCCAAAAAACUGAAUAUUUCCUCUCUAAACCACAUAUCUCCCCCAAAUGAUAUCAAAGAUAUCUCUUCAACCCUCCAAUCUUUAGAAAGUUGCUCAUCUGGUCAACAAAAGUCGUCUCCCCCUCCUGCUCCUCCACUGCCAAUAGCAAUCCCUCCACCUCCUCCCCUUCCACUAGUACUUGAUCCUCCACUGUUAUCGUCACAAUCGAGUGCUGGGCCACCACCACCGCCUCCUCCUCCACCACCUCCUCCUCCACCACCUCCUCCUCCCUUACCUCCAAGCUCUGGGAGUCCCCUUCCCCCUCCCCCACCACCCCUUCCUGUCCCACCACCUCUCCCCAGCACUGGGCUACCACCUCCACCUCCUCCAGCUCCUCCAGGAAUUGGACCACCACCUCCUCCUCCUCCCUUCUUUGGAGGCAACACAUCCUUUAGCCAGAUUCCUCGAAAGCCUGCCAUUGAACCCAGCUGCCCCAUGAAGCCUCUGUACUGGACAAGGAUUCAAAUAAGUGGUGGAAGCCAAAGUACUACACCAACCCUAUGGGAUUCCUUAGAAGAACCUGAUAUUCAAGACCCAAGUGAAUUUGAGUAUUUAUUCUCCAAAGACACCAUUCAACAAAAGAAAAAGCCUUUGUCAGAAUCCUAUGAGAAGAAAACCAAGGUCAAAAAGAUCAUUAAACUGCUAGAUGGAAAAAGAUCUCAGACUGUGGGAAUUUUGAUAUCUAGCUUGCAUUUAGAAAUGAAAGAUAUCCAACAAGCAAUUUUCAAUGUGGAUGAUUCCGUGGUAGAUUUGGAAACAUUGGAGGCCCUGUAUGAAAAUAGAGCCCAGAAGGAUGAGCUGAUAAAAAUAAGGAAACAUUAUGAAACCUCCAAAGAAGAGGAACUUAAACUACUGGACAAACCUGAGCAAUUCUUAUAUGAGUUAGCCCAGAUUCCAAAUUUUGCUGAACGUGCCCAGUGCAUAAUCUUCAGAUCUGUCUUUUCUGAAGGUAUUACCUCUGUUCAUCGAAAGGUGGAGAUCAUUACACGGGCUUCAAAGGGCUUACUAGACAUGAAGAGCGUAAAGGAUAUUUUAGCCUUGAUUCUUGCUUUUGGGAACUAUAUGAAUGGAGGAAACAGGACUCGGGGUCAGGCAGAUGGAUAUAGCUUGGAAAUUCUGCCCAAACUCAAGGAUGUCAAAAGUCGGGAUAAUGGGAUUAAUCUAGUAGACUACGUUGUGAAAUAUUAUCUGCGCCAUUAUGACUCGGAGGCAGGAACAGAGAAGAGUAUUUUUCCUCUCCCUGAACCACAGGAUUUCUUUCUGGCUGCCCAAGUCAAGUUUGAAGACCUCAUUAAAGACUUGAGAAAGCUGAAGAGACAACUGGAAGCAAGUGAGAAGCAGAUGGUGGUUGUGUGCAAGGAGUCCCCAAAGGAGCAUCUCCAGCCUUUUAAGGACAAGCUAGAGGUGUUCUUACAGAAAGCAAAAGGAGAGCAUAAAAUGGAAGAAACCCACUUGGAGAAUGCUCAGAAAAGUUUUGAAACAACGGUAGGAUAUUUUGGGAUGAAGCCAAAGUCCGGUGAGAAGGAGAUCACGCCCAACUAUGUGUUUAUGGUGUGGUAUGAAUUCUGUAGUGACUUCAAGACCAUUUGGAAGCGAGAGAGUAAAAAUAUUUCUAAAGAAAGGCUGAAAAUGGCCCAGGAAACAGUCAACAAGUUAACAGCAGAAAAGAAGGUGGAGACAAAGAAAAUCAAUCCCACUGCCAGUCUGAAAGAAAGACUGCGUCAAAAGGAAGCCAGUGUGACCACCAACUGAAAGGAGACAUAUGAAAAGGAUGACAGUGGGACUUGAUAAACUUGCAUGAUGCUUUAUGGUGUGACCAGUGCCCUGGAGAGCACUUGGUAGAAGACUUGGUUACCAAACAUUUGCUUUUGCUCUACUUUUCCUGAAAUUAGCCAAGGAAAACUCUCCAGGUCUUUGCAAAGCAAGACCCUCAAAAAUCCAGAGGAACAAUGAGAAGCUGUUUACAGGAACACUAGAAAGAAUUCUGGUAACUACAUCUUGGGGGUAUCCAAAGGGAUCCCCUCUGCUAAGUGACUAAUGGAUGCACUGUGUCUAUUCAAGGCUUAUUGACCAGAGCAUGGUAUAUAUGUUGCAACAGAUGAAGGAGGGAGCUGUUAUCAACACACCUGCCCUAUAAGAUCGUUUUUAAGCCUUGGUCUUCUCUUGCUGCUGCUUUGAUGAUUGGCCCUACUUUAAUCAUGUUGGAAAGAAUAUGCAUCCUUCUCCUCAGAAGGGUUAAAGAUUUCUAUACAUAAAUAUAUCCUGUAUUUUAUUAUUUUACUACAGCUAUUUUUAGAGACCCAAGACUUUGUAAAUAUCCCAGGUUAAAAGAUUGUUUUGCACACCAGUGGGGAGGGGAAGAAGUAGCCAAACUCCAUUCUCCGAGGAGAAUGUCUAAUGACUCCAGGUAGUUGGCCUGAACUAAGUUAAUUCCGUUGUUUUGGUGUGAUGACUAUUUGGUGUUCUUCCCUCUGGGUCUAGGUAUGCAGGAAUCCUGCAUACUCAACUCCCAAAAGACAAAAAAAUUUACUCGAACAACUUGAGGAUCAAAUUCAUUGCUUGUCCAGAAGAGAAAAAGUGGCAAGUACAUUUUACAUUUCAGACUGGCGUUUGAUUAUUGAUGCCACAGAACAGCCUGACAUCAAUGAUGUAGUCCCCAAGCAAGAUUUUGCUGCCAGAACAGUUUAAUUAGGGAGUACCUGGAGAUCCCUGGGUUCCUUCUUGCUCCUGUAUCAAAAGAGAUCAGGAGUCAGAUGAGAAAACUUUCUCACUAACAAGUGAUGUUUGUGGCAGAUAAAGGUCCUCAGUGUAGAAAUAAAUGAGCACAGGGGGAAAGAUCUUUAUGUCCAAAAGAAAAAAAAAAGUAGGCUACUCUUGAGCAGGUAGUUUUGUUUUGUUUUGUUUUGUUCUAUGAACCUGAGAAACUAAGAGUAGCUACUGGGACAUGAGUCAUGAUGAUAUGGUUGUGAGCCCAGGGAAAACCCAUCACGGACUCUUCCCCUGACCUGACUAUCCUUACUCCCCUUGUCUGCCCUUUGGUUCUCAGACAGAAAGCAUAGGACAGAGAAGAAAGUAAAGAGAGGUUUGAGGUGAUGUUUCUGAAGGCAGUAAAGCUUCCUCUGCUGAUCAGUAGAGGACCAUCUAGAAGCAAGAAAUACCCCAUGAGUGCCUUUUCCCUCCCUACUGCCUCUGAUAUCCAUCGCCCUUCUCCUCAGGCUCCUAGAUCAUUCCUCCUUGUCAGGUCCCUGAGUCUCUCUCCGUUGUGUGGUCCCCACCAACCUGCCAGUCAGCAGUCCUUUCAGGAAUUGCUGCGAAUAGAAGCAUCUAAUAAAAAUACCACUUCAUCCUUAACACAGUUUUUAUCUCUAAGGAGUUUUAAAAAAUGCGUCAUGAAGGUCAAAUCAAAGCAUAGGAAGCAUAUUCACACAGGUGCUAAUUGUUUUCUUUAAGCUACCAAAAAAAAAGAAAGAAAAUGAUUAGCUUUUUGUACCCCCAAAUAAAGUGCUAGGACAAUCAAGGUAAAACGUCUAUGCAGAACUAAGAAGGACUUACUUGACCUCUUAGUUAAAGAGCCUUCUAUCACUGGGUUCUUAUGUUUCCUAUUCUGUCUCACUCAGAUGUGAUGAGAUCUCUGGGAAUUUAUCAGCUAAUAAAUCUGAUGGUAGUGACCCUUUUAAAACAAAAGCCAUCCAGUACUGUCAGGAGUUCCUCCUGGCAUUUACACGUGGAAGAAGAGUAUAGUAAGGUUCCUAAGAUUUCUGUGGCAUAGAGCUACUUCUAAUUUGCCUGAAGCCCAGAGAUCAACAGAUGAGUUUAUGAUCAAAGAUAUAGAAGUAUAGGCCAUUUUAACAGCUGGGUAUAAUAACAACUAAAUUCAUGAUUGAUGGAUGUGUUUGUGUAUGUGUGCAUGUGGCUACCCCAAAAUGAGGAAGAACAAGGGGAAACUCAUCCAGAACAUUGGACAUUUCCAAAAAGGAGGGGGGCUAUCACAGCUGCUGAAUUCCCUACCCACUCUUCAGUGGAAAUGUCCACAUACUUCUAAGGGAAGGAGUUCCUAACAACAGUAUAUCUUCCUAUCCCUCAAAAAAAAAAAAAUACUACAGCUCCAUAUGGAGUAGGCAGGGAACUGGGUUCAUGGUAUUAUCCAGCUCUCCCUCAACCCAGUAGAAAGGGCAAAUUAUCAGUAACUACAAUUACCUGACCAACCAGAUCCAGAAUCCAGAAACUAGAUCAAAUGGUCAAAUGUGACCAUCCACUUAAGUACUCAUAAGAUAACAGCUUCUGAGCAUGUUCCCCCCUUACCUAAGGAGCAUGCUAAUAUCCUUGUAGCCAAUUUCUUGGUGCCAUAAAUCCCAAGGCUGCAUGUUUACUGAAGUGCAGAUUCUUACAAAAACAUGAUUGCAAUAAGCAUUGAUUGCUGGAUGUGUAUAUGAUGCUUACAUACUACUGCCUAUCCAGGUACAAAGGCAGAAAAGCCAUAACAGGCCACAGAAUAACCUGUAGCAUAUUAUAAAGAAUAUUAGAAGGUGGGCUCUCUCUUGCACACAGACUUCUAAUCCAAGUUGAAAAGGAAGGAGGAAAAGCAAAGUGUGGGUAAGUAAGAAUGGAAAUAUGAGUGCUAGGUGGCAUUUCACAGCCUAGCAUCUCAAUACCUGGUAACAAAACAUGAGGGGAAAAUGGUCAAUCUUGACAAUCAUCUCAUGCAACAAGAGCAUGCCUUUUAAGCAACUGAGCCCUGUUUAUAGGAAGUGCCUUCAGAGACCCUUAGCAACUUGCUAGGGCACCCAAGGCAAGGAAAAACAUGAAAUCUGGAAAAUAACAGAGGGAAACCCUCUGGUGCUAUAUCUUGCAUUUCUCCAACUGAAAUGGAUUCUAUCUUAAAGUUAGCAAAGGGAAUGAACACUUAUGAUUUUUCAAUGAAUAUACAGAAAUCACUGCAGGGUCUGGGGUUGGACUAGGUGAUCUUUAAGACCAUUUCUAGCUUCCAUGGUCUCUAUGGAGUCCCUUCAGUGAGGUAACCACUUUCACACUAAGGUCUCAUACCCUACUACUGAGGAAACUGGGGAAAGUGCACGUAUUAGGAGAAAAAUUUGAUAUAUGGGGGGGCUGUGAAUGACUUUAAAACUUUAAUGAUAUUGAUGAAAUGGUCACUGUUAUUUUCCCAAGGACCAGUUGUAGAUGAAAUAGGAGAGCUACAGGUAUACUCGAAUAAUGGUUUGCCUCUGAGUUACAAAUCUCACCAUAGAUUUUGCAUCCUGUUCUCAGGCAGUUUCAGCUUAAUUUUAUUAUUGCUUCUCUAGAUGUUUCCAUUACUUUCUUUCUCCUACUAUUUUUCCCAACCUUGAUGGUUUAUAAUAUAAAAGUAUACAACAGAAAGUAAAUAUAUAAAUCUUAGGUCAUACAAAGGUAGGGCAAACUCCAGGAUUCUACUUGGAAUAAAGGAAGCAGGACACCAAAGGACUUGGUUAUUACACAGGGUUUGUACCCACCAUCAACCCUUAAUCAUAAACAGUGGGUAGAAAGAAAAUCCCAUUUAUAAGAUAUGUGAGAUCUCAUCUUGUGUAAGCAAUGAAUUCAAACAGUUGUGAUUACAUGAUGAUUCUGAGCAGAGUAGUCCCCAACCCCUGUUUGAACCAUCUAUAUAAGUAAAUAUGAACUGUAGUCUAGAUGUGAAUACUUAGGAUGGUGAAAGUCAAUUCCAUUUGAAAAGUCUGUGUACGGGGCAAAACAACAUAUUAUGAUGCAAAAAGCCAUGGACUGAGUCGGAGACCUUGCUCUGCCAUUAAUCGUUAUAUGACAUUCGACAGAGCAACCUUCCUAGACUUCCCUUUCUCCAUCAAGACAAAAGAGUUGAACUACUUAAAUGCCCUCUCUACUCCAAAAUGCUGUAAUACCAAGACAAAGAGGUAGAACAAAUCUUUUUUAAAUUGGUACCAUUCAGCACUCCAAAGAAAAAUCUCAAGAUCAAGUCCUGAACUUUGUCUUAAAUCUGUUGGAGUUCAGAAUUACUUCAAACUCAUCCUAAUGGAUAGUGAGGUCAAGUUUAAGUUUGUGUUAUUGAACUAAUGUUGUUAUAAUUGAAAUGUGGCAUUGGCAAGAGAAUAAGAAAAGACCAAGAUGUAUCCCUGAAGUCAUUGUAAGUUCUUGAAUUUGUCAAAAAUGCAGGUUAAUUUCAUGAUCAUUCAUCCAAAUGGAGUGGUGUCUCUUUUUCUAUGUCCUGUUCUCUGUCAUUUUAGUUUGUAAUAAGCCUUUCAUUUUCAUUUUCAGCAUUUGCAGGCUUGACUCUACUUUUAAUAGAAUGUUAUCAACAAUUAGUGAUUAUUUAGCACUGAAUUUGGUGCCAGAGCCUUUGUUAUGCAAAAAAUAGUAUGGUCAAUAAAGACACUAAGUAACAUUUAAAGUGAA